GUACAGUUAUUUUUUAUUGUUUGUUCUGUGCCAUAUGGUGUUAUGGAAAUCGUUACCAGCUAUAACAAAACAUAUUCAUCACAUGUAGCUAUCUUUUGGGAAAUAGCAGCUUCCAUAGUUUACUUUAACUCAACGACAAACCCGUUGAAGUAAGACAAAAACUGAAGCAGAUAAUCAGACAAGCUCUCUGCCAUCCAUGAACUUAAAUCCCGUUUGAGUUUCAAUGGCCGUAUUGCUUUACAAAGUUACAGUUACAUUAGAUAUUCGAUUUCAUUAGCGUGCAAACUGUUGUUGGUAUGAUCUAUUUCCAUAUGAAAGACAACGAACGAUAACCUUAAACAUCCCAAGCACAUCAUUGUUGAAGUGAAGACACUUAUCUUCGAUACAACAAAAGAUGAAUAAGAAGAAAAGCCUCUUGCACGUAUGGUCUAGAAACAAUUGCUUAAGUGAUACCAAUCCUCAAUGAACGUUAACCGAGUAAAAAGGGUUUUCUUUAUCAUACUAUUCAAAGAUGAUGGUAACGGAUGUCUUCAAGCUUGCCUCUCAAUUCUUAUUGAUACCUGAGGCAUAUGGAAAAUUCGUGGAACAAAUUUACCUUUUUUGACUCCCCACACGGUGUUUUUGUGUAUUUCAGCUAGACAGGUGCUUUUAAGAACAAAAAUCUCUCGAUCGUUACAAUUACAAGUAACCGUAAGGGAAAACGUACAUCGUUUGCAGAAUGAUGGCGGCAACAAACUCAACGGAAGAUGGAACGCAGAUGAAAACAUUUGAAGAACUUGUAUGUUCCUCUUCUUUGGAGGGCGAAUUGCGACAAUACUCCUUGCGUCUGUCAGCAGUCAUCAUUUUCUUUUCCCUUACAGCAUUUCUUGGGAAUGCCCUGAUUGUCGUUGCACUUCACAAGGUGGUUUCUCUCCAUCCACCGUCCAAACUCCUGUACCGUUGUCUGGCAACGAGUGAUCUGUUGGUUGGUCUUAUAGGCCAGCCUCUCACUGCUACUCUUUGGAUGUCGGUUGUUUUCGAACAGUGGAGACUUUGUCGAUUCGCAUGGGUAGCAGCCUCCAUUUCAGGGUAUGGAUUAUCUUUUAUAUCUUUGUUGACACUGGCAGCCAUGAGCGUGGACAGACUUCUCGCCCUGUUGUUGGGGCUGAGAUAUAGACAAAUUGUAACUUUGAAGCGCACAUAUAUCAUUGUCGUUGCUCUUUGGAUUGUAACCGUUGUCGCUACUCUAUGCGAGGCGUUAGGCUCUCAUAUAGCGCCCUGGUUCGGUCGAAUUGUCAUCCCAUGUUGCCUAUUAAUCUCGAUUGCUUCAUAUGCAAAGAUUUUCCGCGUUCUUAGUCAUCGUCAAGCUCAAGUACAACAUCAUGUUCAACUACAGCCGAGCCAACCAAAUGCACUGAACAUGGCGCGAUACAAAAAGGCAGUGUACAGUGCACUGUGGGUGCAGUUCGUGUUACUUGCUUGUUAUGUGCCUGUGAGUUUAGUGGGAAUUGUGAUGGCUCAUAGAAAAGGAAAUUCAUCGCAUUUAGUCUUCGCUCUUGGAAUAGCCAAUACUCUGGUUUAUUUUAACUCGACUUUAAAUCCGUUUCUUUACUGCUGGAAGAUUAGUGAAGUAAGAAGAGCAGUUAAGCAGACAAUCAGACAAGCGCUUUGCUGUCCAGGGGGUUAG